ACAUAUGUGUUCAAUGGUUUUAACAGAUUUUAUUGCAGCUUUCCUCUUUCUUCCUUCAAAUAUUAAAUACAUAUAUAUUUAUUUUAUUUCAAAUAUAGAAAGUGUACAUGGACAACUAAACUGAACUGAUUUACUGUGUAUUUCUGUGUUGCCAAUGCAGAACGUAAAAUAGAUGAAUAAUUUCGUGCGACGAAACGUGAAUACGGGAACGCUGUGACAGGAAACAUCGUAAUGGCUGGUAAUGGCGGAACAAAUGCGAGCUGUCAAAAUAAGUUUCAUCAACAUAGGUUGUGUUUCAUCGCCGUAGAUUAAAGUAAUCCGUGAACGAGCAACGUGUUAUACAUUGUGCUGCUUUUGUUUCGAAGAUACUGAUUAAUUGUGAAAUCUAUCGAGUUUCUGCCAAGAUAUAAUGAUGAAUAAUCAUUGCCGCAGGCGGAGCAACAAUUUCACGUACGUCAGUUCGUGCGUGAAAUACAUGAUCUUCAUGCUGAAUUUCGUCUUCUGGCUAUUUGGAGGAUUGUUGAUUGGUGUAGGUCUCUAUGCAUUUGUUGAUAAGUGGCAAGCAACUGGAUCCGUCAGAGUAGAAAAUGUUUACGAUGUGGUCUUGAACAUAUCUCUAGUGAUGCUGAUAGCUGGUGGAGUAGUCUUUGUUGUUAGUUUUGCAGGAUGUGUAGGAGCUCUUCGUGAGAACACAUGCCUUCUUAAAUUUUAUUCUCUAUGUCUUCUGGUGUUCUUCCUUCUGGAGAUGGGUGUGGCGAUAGUAGGUUUUGUAUUCCCACACACAUUGCAGACUCUUUUGGAAGAAUCAUUUACAGAUAAAAUAAUUCAAACAUACAGAGAAGAUCCAGAUCUGCAAAAUUUUAUUGAUUUUGGGCAACAAGAAUUUAAAUGUUGCGGCUUGAGCCAAGAGGGAUAUUUGGAUUGGGGAAAGAAUGAAUAUUUCAAUUGCACUAGCCCUAGUGUAGAACGCUGCGGCGUGCCGUUCUCUUGUUGCAUAAACGCCACCGAUAUAUCCAGCGGACUUGUAAACAUAAUGUGUGGUUACAAGGUCCAAAUGUUACCAGUAUCGGAAGCAAGUAAAAAAGUCUGGACCAGCGGAUGUAUCGAGAUCGUACGUAGUUGGGCGGAACGCAAUCUCUACACGAUAGCUGGUAUUGCUUUGGGUAUCGCGCUCAGUCAGCUGUUCGUAAUCUAUCUUGCAAAGACACUAGAAGGCCAGAUCGAGCUGCAGAAAUCUCGCUGGCAUUCCUGAGCUUGACUUCAGGCCACCUACCGUUACCAGAUACAUUCUCCGGCCAACAGGCAGGUGGCCAACGGCAACCGAUCGCGCGGAUCACAGGAAGCAGAGACAAACAUAAACGCGCGAAUGGCAUUGCUCGUUCUCUUUGCGAUCUCUUUAUACAUAUUGUGCAUCCUGUCCCUCAUCAAACUCGUCCUUUAUUUCAAAAAUUACUUUCAACUGUACAUGAGUAAAGAAUAAUCGUUACGAUUAACGAGGAUUCUUUAUUCACUAGUAAGUAAAGAAUACAUACUAGUAUCUCCUUUACGAUUAAGUAUUAUCAAAGAUCUUACUUACAUAGAGAUUACGGAUACAAAAAUGGUGUCCUGUACGUUUAAAAUCAGCAGUAACAGUUCGUUUAUAAUACUCAAAGAACACGUAUUUUCGCUUAUGUAGUUAAUUGAACUGCUAUCGUCCUUACAAAAGUCGGCAAGUCAUAUGUUAUAAGAUCGUAUCUUUGUGAAUACGGCUGCACAGGGCACAAUUGAUGCAUCCGAUACAUGGAACUGGUAACUCAAAUGCGCAAAAGACAAAAGUGAGAGACAUUUAUCAUAAUAAUGAACUUUAUACUAUAUAUUUCGUUGAUAAUCGUAUCAUACACUUCGUUAUAUUAUACGAUGUUGCAGAGAUGUCCCUGAAUUUAACGAUUACCCAUAUAAUAUCUAUAUUUCUCGAAUCGGUAUACUUGCAUUGAAUGUGUAUAUUUUAUUUUCUUUUAUUAUUAUUAUUAUAUUUUU